AUGCUGGGCAGAAAAAAGCCACCGGUGGUCGCACAAAGUGAAUCUAAACUACUGGACUCGAAGAGCCAAGACCCUCUUCGAAGGCUAGGUGUGCUGGACGAUGAAGACGUGCGUAUGAUGAUGCAUGGCUCUAGUGUGGUGAAGGUCCGCUCUCAGCGCUGGCAGAAAACCAGACGGCUCAGGCUCCUGGAGGACUGUGUUACCAUCUGGUGUGAGUCCAGCAAGAGUUCCAGAAAAGCUAAGAAUCAGCAGUCAUUUUCAGUGACGGAGGUGGAGUGCGUGAGGGAAGGAUGUCAAUCCGAGUGUUUGCGCCGAUUGGCGGGCUCCGUUCCAGAUUCGCACUGUUUUACCGUGGUAUUCCGCGGGGGGAGAAAGAGUCUGGACUUGAUGUGCCCCACGAAAGAGGAGGCCGAGCGUUGGGUGCGAGGCUUCCGCACGCUCAAAGACCGGGUGGCCAACAUGACCCAGAAAGAAAAGCUUGAUCAUUGGAUCCGGGGCUAUCUGAGACGUGCAGAUCAGAACCAGGAUGGAAAGAUGAGUUAUGAGGAGAUUAAACGCCUGCUGCAGAUGAUCAACAUCGACCUCAACGAACAGUACGCACGUACUCUCUUUAAGAAAUGCGACCGGUCAGGUGACGGGCGUCUGGAUCACAUCGAGAGCGAGGAGUUCUGUCGGGAGCUGAUGCGAAGGCCGGAGCUGGACGCCGUCUUCCGACACUACUCCGGUAACGGCACGGUCCUCUCCACCAUGGAGCUGAGAGAUUUCCUGGGAGACCAGGGCGAAGACGCCUCGCUGGCCCACGCCCAGAAGCUCAUAAACACAUACGAACUCAACGAAUGGGCCCAGAAGAAUCUUUUUAUGACCCAGAAUGGGUUUACCAUGUACAUGCUGUCGGUGGAGAAUGAUUUGUUUAACCCAGACCAUGGCCGAAUUUACCAGGACAUGACCCAACCCCUGGCCCACUAUUACAUCUCCUCCUCCCACAACACCUACCUCACUAAAGACCAGGUGACCAGUGCCAGCAGCACCGAACCCUACAUCAGAGCUCUGAAUCAGGGUUGUCGCUGUGUGGAGUUAGACUGCUGGGACGGAGACAAAGGCGAACCAGUCAUCUAUCACGGACACACACUAACCUCCAAAGUGCCCUUCAAAGAGGUCAUCGAAACUAUCGCCCAGUACGCUUUCAAAGCAUCGCACUACCCACUGAUCCUGUCUCUGGAGAACCACUGUUCAGUGGAGCAGCAGGCGGUCAUGGCCCAGCAGCUGCGCUCCAUCCUGGGGGAGAAACUGCUGAGUAGACCCCUCAGCGACCUGCCCCUCAAACAGCUCCCCUCUCCUGAGGAGCUGAAGGGGCGGAUCCUGCUGAAGGGGAAGAAACUGAUUGGUCAGCUGGGCAAGACGAACAGCUGCGCCAGCUUCUCUUCAAGCUCAGACGACGAGACGGGGGGCGGGAACAAGAGCACGAGCAAAAAGGACCCAGCGAAGGUGACCACCUCCUCUAAGCUGAGCCCGGAGCUGUCUGAUUUGGUGGUGUACUGUCGUAGCUCGCCGUUCCGUGGCUUUGAGGCGGCGGCUCAGAGAUCUCCAGAUGAAAUGUCCUCGUUCUCUGAGAGCGAAGCCCUUAAACACAUCAAAGACUCUGGUAAGCUCUUUGUGAAGCACAAUUCCCGGCAGCUGAGUCGGAUCUACCCGGCGGGUCAGCGUCUUCAGUCCUCAAACUAUGACCCUCAGGACAUGUGGAACGUGGGCUGCCAACUGGUGGCUCUGAACUUCCAAACUCCCGGGGAGCAGAUGGACCUGAACCAGGGUCGUUUCCUACCCAACGGUCGUUGUGGAUACGUGCUCAAACCAGACUUCCUGUGCAAUCCCGAAUCCAACUUUAACCCCGAGAACACGGGCGGAGGCCCCGGUCACGUUCCCACUCAGCUCACCAUAAAGAUCAUCUCAGCACAACAGCUUCCUAAAAUAAACACAGACAAGCCCAACUCAAUCGUGGACCCACAGGUUUGGGUGGAGAUCCAUGGCGUUGCCAUCGACAAUGCUCGGAACAAAACCCAGCGCAUCGACAACAACGGUUUUAACCCACGAUGGGACUGCACUCUGAGCUUCCAGCUGCAGGUGCCAGAGCUGGCUUUGGUUCGAUUUGUGGUAGAGGACCAUGAUCACACAGUUAAAAACGACUUUGUUGGCCAGUUCACCCUUCCAUUCACCAGUCUCCGCACAGGUUACCGACACGUCCACCUGUUGAAAGCGGACGGUUCCAGUCUUUCUCCCGCCACUCUCUUCAUCCACGUGAAGGUGAAGCGUCGUGGCAUCACAGUAAAGUCCGUCACAGACAGGAUGGGCAGGUCCUGA